AUGGAAUCCAAUUUGUGUAACACAACAGCCCGAGUGAGCCCCUCCUCCGUCCGCCCAGCCAUACCCCCAAGAUCGAGGCCGAGCCUGUGGAAGAGACUGCUUGCACUCCAGCACUUGCUUAGAGAAGUCGGACUAGACUUUGGGACGAGGAUGCAGAUAGGACUGGACGCAGUGGAGGGAAUAAGAUUCCUCCACGGACAAGGCCUUCUCCACAGAGACAUCAAACUGAAGAACGUUCUG